CGCCAAUUGGCUCUUCCCAUUGAUUAUUCUCUCCAGCGCAGGUUCCACUAAUUAAACUGUAGAGUUGGCAUUAUCGUACACACCGAGGAUUUUAUUUUCCGUUCCCGGGGUUUCUCACAAGGUUGUUGUUUACGUCUCACACCUGGUUAAUACCGCCUCCUCUAUAGCAAGACACAGCUGAGAGAAACACGGCGUUCUCUGGAAGAAAACACGGUGCAAAGAAAGACCAUGCCAUUGUCCAGUGUGUUAGGCACGGAUCUUCCUCACAAAUCACAGCACAAUGAUACACAUGCUCCGCAAGCCGUGAAGAAGGCGAAGUUGAUCAAGCUCAUUUCGGUUCGGUUAAAGGAAGCUGCUUUGGACUCGCCCAGUUUCAGGGCCAGUACGAACUACCAGUGUAGUCUCCUGGACCAGAUAGAGCAGUGGAUCGAUGGGCUGAUCAGGGCCUUGAGGAGGUAUCCGCAACAGUAUAGUGAUUUCAGAGACGUGAACUCAGUUGUCCUGGGACAACUGAUUCCUGAUCUGCUCAAGUUCUCUGUUGUUGGUGAAGAAACCACGAUGAAUGUGCUGAAGACCGCCAAGGGGAGACUGGAGACCCUCUGGAAUGUUGGUUUGGAUGAUAUGGAGCUCAACGAUACCGAGGUGAUUGAACUGCUGUCGCAGUUCCUGAAGAAGGACAUAAAGAGCUACAAGGACAUUCGAAGAAACUUUGAAUAUCUACAGAGCAAGUAUGACUCCUUGCUGAACAAGUUCUCGUCGCAAUCAAAGACGAGAGAGCCUUCGGCGUUGAGAGAAGAUGCCUUCCAGCUCUAUGAGGUUAGACAGUCAUACUUGGCUGCUGCCUUUGACAUCUGUGUGGAGAAUUCCAAGUUCCAGCAAGCCUUGGAUUACAUGCUGAUCAAGUUCUCCCAGUUGAGUCUACAAGGGAAAUCCAACUAUGAUGAGAAGUACAACUCCAAGCUUGAAGCUUGGGCGAAAGCUGGAUCGAAAUCAACAAAAGCACUGUUGCAAGACAUGAAGCAAUCAAGAGCUCAGAUCGAGAAGGCAACAGCUUUGCAGUAUGCUCCGUCUCGAGAGCUGAGAGACCAUAAUAUUGCCUUGAUCAACGUGAAUGAACUCAUUGACACUCACGCAACUUCUCCCGAGAGUAAUGAGAAGCACGCUUGGCUCUAUAUGAAAACCAGCGUCGGUAAGCCUUCUAGACAGGUGUGGGUCAGACGUUGGGUAUUUGUGAAGAAUGGAAUCUUUGGCUUGUUAUCAUUGUCACCGUCAAGAACGUUUGUCCAGGAAACAGAUAAGAUUGGUGUGCUAUUGGCCAAUAUUAGGUACGCACCGGAUGAGGAUCGAAGAUUCUGCUUUGAAGUGAAAACCAUCGAUUCUACAAUCGUGUUCCAGGCUGAAUCUCUUGUUGAUCUGAAGUCUUGGUUAACCGUAUUCUCUGUGGAGAAGCAGAAGGCCCUGGAUGCUGCUGACAGCGAGGUAGGGAAAUACGCAUUUGGACGUUAUCCUCCACUGUUGCAAGAAUUUGCUUCGACUUCGUUGACCUCUGUUGACAUCGAACUGACAAGUACAAAGAUUGAAAACAACAACAACAACAGUGAGUCUCAUACGCUGCUCACCUCCACAAACCUUUCAAAACUUAUCGAUGGGUGCGAAGGUACAGAGUUCCAGUUCUCAUCAUCAUCAGUGGGGGAGUUUAGAGAUCCAGACUUGAAUCCCCCAAUGGUCACUGCUAGGUCGAAGCUGGCAUUGGUGGCCCAUGCUUUCCUUGCUCCCACUUCUAUACCUACUGCUGUCACUGCCAAUAUUUGGGGAAGUGUGAAUUGGGGUAUCUAUUAUAUGAAUGAUAGUGGUGACAGCUUCUAUGGAUUCAAGCAGGAUAACUUUUCUGAAAACAACUUGACCUCUCUAACCAAGAAGAAGAACUUCCCACCUUAUUAUCCGGCACAUCUGAUGAACUACGACAUCCAGUUGAAAUCUCUCUUUGAAGCCUCAAUUGAUCCACAGGAACUAGUUGUGGCUCAUUUCACUUGUCUCUGGUGCCUCAAUCAGACUCAGGAGCUUUCGGGAAGGUGUUUCUUGACAGUCAAUUGUGCGUACUUCUACCUUAACAGCACUGGUUUCAUAUCGCUGUCUAAAAAGCCGAUAACUGAAUUCGUUGCUGUUGAUGUUAUGGCAGAGAAGGACUGGGAAGUUAUCAAGGUGUAUGGUGUUGAUGGGUUAAGCAUGAAGGGCCGGCUCUUCAUGCAAGAUGGUAAGCUGCUACAGAAGAAGUUUGAUCUAUUGAUAAAUAACGUUGCAAGAACGAAACCAAAAACGCAAGCAGAAAUCAUCCCCUUGAUUGAGGCAAUGCAUUCUGAGGAAGCUGCAAAGAACACGGAAAGUUCUGUGAAGAGUUCUGAUACAGACGAUGCUCCUUCCAAAAAGUAUGACGAACUGAACUCAUUCCAACCUUUUACAGGAGUCCCUGCCUCAGGUAGCAAAAUGAAGACUAAUUACCAAAACGAGUUCGAACUCACAAAGGUUGCCAAUUUCAGGGCACCAGCAAAGGCUGUCUUCCAUAUCCUUUACGGUGACCAUUCCUCUCUAGCACGGGACUCUAUUGCACUUAUCGAUACAGAUCAGUUCAACAUUUCUCCCUGGUUUAAAGAAGGUGAAAAGCUGACAAGGGUUUUGGACUACAAGAUUGAACUAUCAAGGAACAUGAUUAGCGGAUUUUCACGGCAUGAUUCUAGUGUUGAUAAUAGAUCGAUCCAGACUGUCGAAGAACUUGUCGAUAACAAGUACUAUCGAAUUCAAGAGGUGAGGGAUGCAGUUCAGGUCCUUGGAGGGAGUAGAUUCAGUGCAAUUCGAAAAAUCAUCAUCAUCGAGACCGAUGCAAAGAGCUGUAAAGUUCUGUUCUAUACAAAAUUCAACUUCACCAAAGGAAAGACGAGCAGACUCAUCACCAAGUUCUUUUCGAAGAUUACAAAGAACUUCCAGAUCAAGGAAAUAAACUCUCUUGUGGAUCAAUUGAGACACUGUGUUGCCGGUUUAGGUACUCAUGGCCAAGUUAUUAAAGCUAUCAGAACAUACGGUAACUUGAGCCAAUCUGAUGUUGACUAUAGACCAAAGGAUGACAUGGUGUUUGACCUAACUCUCCAGAUAUUGUUCAAGUACUAUGUGAGAUAUUGGUUAUAUUGUUUGGCUAAGGGCAUAUUGAACGCUGGUCAUCACAUAUCCGACCUUGUAUCGAGAUUUGUGCUGAGUGUGACGAUGAACAAAUUGCUGAUAGCUCUUCUUGCUUUGUCUGUUGUCUUCAACUUCUUUCUGAUGGGGAGAUCAACGUAUGCCUACUGGAGUACCAAGAACUCGGCUAAACUGGUCAAGAGUGUUAGUGAACAAAUACUCACAACCUCUAUGGAUCGUGCGAUUUCUUUAGAUGAUAUGGAGAUAUUGACCUCUUUCAACUUCAACUCUUCUUCAGGCUGUUUCAAGAAGUUUAUAUCAUCCUUAGAUGACGGUUCCUUACACCUCGGUGAACUGAGAGAACCAAGGCACCAAAUCGCUCUAAAGAGAAACGACCUUCUCAUCCAGCUGAAGAUCUUGGAGAAGGUGGAGAUGGAGCUCGUCGCAGGAAACUACAAGAGUUUUGUGAUUUCGGAACUGAACCUAUGUAAGGUUUCAUUCGAAGAGCUACAAGUUGACAACGAGGCACUGUCUACGUACUGUGAUAGCUGCUCACGGGACUACGACUCUAUCGUCAAUGGAUUGUUAUUCUAAAGAAUAUAAUAACCAUGGUAUAUAACGUAUUUAUAAUCAGGUGUAAGUCUAUUUUGUAUUCUCAUGUAAGCUGUUGUGAAGCCUCUAGAGGCCUCUUUUGGCAAGGUUGUCUGCGAUUUCCAGGUACAAGGCAACACUAUCGAUCUGAGGGCCUCUUGUACCUGGUGUUAAUGAACUCAUAAUCUGUUUAAACCCAUUUGUCCAGUUGAUGAGAUCCAGAUGGUCAACGUUCAUCAGAGUACCUAGAUAGCUGCCCCAUUUAGACGAUUCUACACUC